AUGGAAGAAACUGUGACAGAAAAGCAUGGCACCAUGGAUGAUGAACAUGAGCCGAUGCAUGACGAAAUGGACACAAGUACCUUACCCGAAGGUGCAAGUACCUUACCCGAAGGUGCUAUUACAGAGCAAACGAAGGAGGAGGAGAAUAUCGAUGACACCAGCAUGGCAGGAGCGCUGAGCGGAAUCACAAAGGUAAUCGAAGGAGCUGCCGAUAAGACAGUGAAGGUCCAUUCGCUCGACAUCGAUCUCGAUCGUGCCGAAGACGACGACUACUGGGAUCAUUCAAUCAAACGAGAGGAUGAAGACUAUGAAGCUCCAAAGGUUGCCGAGUCAAAUGAGCAAAGCGAUCUCACGCCAGGUAGGUACUUUGGAGCAAUUGUGACUACCUAA